AUGGUCAUCCAGUGCACAUGCGAUUGCAAUUGCAGUGACCGAGACAACCGCAGCUCCUGUUUGCCACGCUUAACGCUGCGACAGCAACGACAACAAAGUGCCACGCCCCUUGAUGCUGGCAAUGAUAUGGAGCAUCGGUUUCCAUACUAUCGCCGUCUUUCGAAUACCUCAUCAGCGCUAUACGGCAGCUGCCCGCAAUUGCUGCCCGUUGGCCAGCCUUGCCACGGUCCGAGUCAGAGUCAGAGUCGCAGCCUGGAGCAGCAGCAGCAGCUGCAGGAGCAGGAGCAGGAGCUGAGGCCAUAUUCGAGUCUGGUGCGCAGCAAGCACAGAAGCUCCGUGCUGUGCAACAAAUCCUGGUGGGUCUCAUGUCCGCGUCUCUCCAAUCUGCCCACUGAACAGCCUCAAAUGCCAACGCCAGCGAUGCAGCCACCGCCACCAGCGCAGCUGCUGCCACAUCACUGCCAUGGCACAAAUCCGGCGCGCUUUCCACUACAAGCCAAUGCCAAGCGGCAUUGUGACAAUUUUGGCAGCUAUGCCACAUUGCCCACCAUCGAGCAGCAGCAGCAGCAGCAGCAACAGCUCUAUGCAAAUGCAGCCACAGGCUGCAGUCGACAUUGCGCGGCUUCAAUGCCACCGCCGCAUCAUGAGCCUGCUCGUUGGUAUGCGCCGAGCAAUGCCAAUCCCAAUUUGAAUGCCUGUUGUUACAUGUACAAUCCCAUGCCCCACUACGGCCCGCAGCUCUGCGUUUGCGAUAGUUGGUAUCACCAGCAGCAACACCAGCAGCAGCAGCACAGAAACAUCCCGCCGCCGCCCAAGCCACUUUUGCCCAAUGGCGGCUGUUAUUUGGGCUUUGAUGCUGCUGCACACCACCCUAGCCACAUAACCGAUGAGGAGGAUUCGGCCUUUCCAGCACUCGCCGAUCGUGAGUUUCAUCUGUUGCAUCGCAAUAUUCCGGCACUGCGUCGCACCGGUGUGGACACAACACGCAUACGACAGUACUUUUAUCCGGAUGGCGGCUGGGGCUGGAUCAUCUGUGGCGUCUCCUUCCUGGUCCACAUCCUAACCACUGGCCUCCAGCUCAGCUAUGGCCUGCUCUUGUUCUAUGCCGUUCAGCAUUUGCAUAACACAAGCGGCAUCGAACUAUUGGGCGCCCUGAGCUGGUCCGUCUCGAUGCUGGCCAUACCGUUUGUGGUGUCGCUGUGCCGGAAGCGUUCCAUACGCCUCCUCUCGAUUGUGGGUGGCCUGGUGAUGCCGCUGGGCAUUCUGUUCACUUCAUUUGCCACGGAAUUCGGUCAGGUUGUUUUCAGUUAUGGCAUCGUAUUCGGCAUCGGAGUUUCCAUGGUGCGUGAAGCUUCUACCGUGAUGCUGGGCAAUUACUUUAAGCGUCGGCGGCAAUUCGUCGAAAUGGUGGCCAUGUCCGGCGAGGGCGUUGGCAUCGCUUUGUUCUCCGUCAUACUGAAAGAGGGCGUGGGCAAGGCUGGCUGGCGCCUGGGCCUGCAAAUCGUUGCCGCUCUAACGGCGCUCAGCUUUUUCAUGGGUCUCAUGUACCGACCCGCAUCCCUCUACCAUCCGCAACGUCGCGCCAUCCAACACCUGAAGAACCAGCGCAAAAAGCUACGCGAGAAGAAGCCCAAACUCACUCAGGAGGUGGAGUCACCCACGAGAUAUUUAUUUUUGGACAUAUCAUCGCUGAAAUCCGUGACAGUUAAGAUUCUAUUGAUGACCUCCAGCGUGGCUGCAUUCGGCAUCUAUACGCCCAUGUUCCUUAUGGCCCUCAAUGCUGCCAAGGAGGGCUCGGAUGUGCAGGAGCUGGUCCUGCUGCAAACCUUUUUGGGCAUCUCCAUGGCCCUGGGCGUGGUGCUGGCCGGUGCACUGCUGCGUCGCUGCUUUGUGAUCAGACAAUUUGUGAUCAAUACCAAGAUUGUUUCUCAACUGUUUAUAUCCAUUGUUGCACUGGCCAUACUAUUUCUAUCCUUUGUGAUGGGCUACAAAGGACUGUGCAUACUCAGCUGGCUCUAUGGCAUUGGCCUGGGCGGCUUUCAGUACUCGCUGAAGAUUUUGGCGCUUGAACGCAUCAAGCUGAAGCAUUUCUCCAAGGCCUGGGGCUUUAUACGCGGCGUCCAGUCGGUGCCCGUGCUCAUUAGCGUGCCCCUCACUUCCUUUCUUAAUGAUUACUCGCUGAAGUAUGGGCGUGCCGGCUAUUAUAUUUGCUCUGCGGCGGCCGCCAUUUCGGGCAUCAUCAUCUUCUUCAUCAGCGAGCCACAAGAGCAACAGCAGCAGCAGCAGCCGCCGCGUGGACAUCUCAAUGGGCAUCUGCCCACGCCCAUGCUGAUGCGUCACUCGUCGGCGCGCCACCAUCGCCCGAAUCUGCCUUUGGACUAUGGCUAUGGCGACUAUCCGGCACCCGAUCUGCUCAGCCGCAGCUGCAUCAGCCUCAAUCAAAUGGAGCCACAUUUACAGGCCACAAAUUCCCACUACUGUCAACGUCACAUGCAUCAGCAGUCGCAUUCGCAUCUGUCGCAGCAUCAUCAGCCGCCAGCCCAGCAUACGCAUUCCCAUCCUCAUGCGCAUACCCAUACACAUCCCCAGCAGUUGGCCUGCCACAAUCUGGACAUGCAGCAGGCCAACCGCACACCCUACCAGCUGGGCCAGGGCAGCAUUGGCGCCAAGAUGGGCAAGCGCCUGCAGCGGAGUCUCUCCUUCAUCCAGCAGCACAACUGCUGCGAUGGCCAGAUGUACUGCAGCUGGCAUAGCACCUACGAACUCGGCUGCCGCAAGUCUCCCAAAUCUCAGGACAGGCAGCCACUCAUAUGCACUUGCAGCCCCAAUUCCACCACAUAUGGUGGCGGCAGUUCGGCACGCAGUCGCAGCGUGCCGGAGGGCCUAUCGACCAUGUCGCAGCAGUGUAACUGCCGUCAUGGGGCAGGCGUGGCAGCCGUGGCAGCGCCCUCCCGUGAGUUUAUCUACGUGCCGCACGCCUACGCCUCGCUGCAGCGGACUCCACAUCGACAGGGUCCUGGCGCCGCAGCUGGCACCGGAGCUGGCAGCAGCUGUCAGGCAACCAGAGGCAAUCCUCAGUGCCGGCUUAAGCGUUCGCAGUCGCUGUGCCGACCCGUUCACUUUGUGGAGCAAAUCACCACCUCCGUGUAAGGGGGCGGGGGCGUGUCCCCAGCCACUUGGGCAGUAGAAUCGCAUAGCAUAUUUUGUAGUUGUACUCCAGUUACGUGAAUCGAAUUCCGAAUUGUCACAUCUUUCUAGUCUUUUGUCGUAGUUAGUAGCACGUAUAGUCCAAGUCGAAGAAGUCGAAGCAUUAACCGAAAUCCCACAAGCAAAAAGCAAGAAACAAAAAACAAAAGAACGCAACUCGAUGAAUUUUCUAAAUCUAUAAACCUAUUAUUAACAACAAUACUAUUCUAUGCGGUUUCGCCGAUUUCUAAACGUAAACAUAGAUUUAUAAAUAAUACACACACUCCCACACACUCACAGACACACACAAGCAGACACACAGUUAGCAGACGAAAAGCUUUAUCAUUGUCUCAAACAAAAGUAUUCAAGUGAACUUUGCUACCAGGCAAUAUUUUCAUAACAAAAGGAAACACAACAACAAUAAAAGAAUAAUAAAGAUUAACAAAUGAAUAAACAAAGAGGCCGCCAGGCAGGGGACGAGAAAACAUAUUAAAUGGUCCAUUUUUAAAAACGUACACAUACAAAUUAUCCACCGAUACCAAUACGAAAUAUAUAUACUCGAGUCGAGGCAAUUAUACGGCCGACGGCACAGUUUUUGUAUUUUUUUUUGGUAUUUUUCCACUUGUACUUUAUUUUUAAAUUAAAUAUUCCAUAUACGUUUAAGAUGCAUGAGAAACUCGAAAGUGAACAAAAUUGCACAGAAUUUUACGAAAUAUUCCACACUUUUUGCCAUUUUACCAUUCGUUGUGGGGAUUGAGCCUUAUUUUUAAAUGGAGCGCACAUUGAGAAAAUAUGUAAUAUUCAUUAUUAUAAUGAGAUCAUAUGAUGUCAUAUGUUUUUAACUGCAAUUGCAAGCACAAUUUCUGGCAUAAGUCAACCGCAAUUGAACAAUGCGCAAACAAAAAAAAUAUAUAUAUUUCACAAUAUUAAAUAAACUGAACGGAAUAAAUUAAAAGCCAACUUAUAAUAAUUACACUACAAUCUUAAUAGGGACAUAUGUGCAAAUAUUUAAACAAAAUAAUUAACGAUAUGGAGCGGAAGUAAAUAUUUGCAAAAAAAAAGAAGAACAAUUUGAAUUAUAAAUUCAACAAAUGAACGAGGCAUAAAUUCAAUUAUAUUUCACAUAAGUAUUAAAUUCAUUAAAUUAAUGAAUGCCUAAAUACAAUUUUAACAAGAUGAACUCAAAUAUCUACGGUAUACCGAAGAUCAAAUACCCUUGCAGACAAAUUAGCUGGAUUAGCCUCUGUGGAGUAAAGAGAUUAGAUCUUUGGCAAAGCCUUGUCAACAAGUUUCUGAUUGAAAACCAGAAGCUUAAGUUCUUUAAUCUUGGUCGAGAAUUUAAGAUUUGGUUUUUAGUUGUUAGCCAUAGCUAUGUGAUAGAGUCUGCCAAUUUUGUUUAUUAUAAACCGGCUUACACUAGCUUGUUGCGUUUGGGCAAUAUAAAAUGGUUAAUAUAUGUGGGCUUGUGUUGCCGGAUCAGGCAUAUUAACCUUUAUUUAGCUGAAAUAUGAGAAAAGAAAAACACAUUAAAUACCAUUUACAAAAGUAUAAAGCUCA